GAGGUCGAUGACGUCCCUACCGCCUGAGCCGUUUAUGAUCAUGAGGUCGAAGGCCCUUAACCGACGGGUCUCGAUCAACGUCGGUGGGGUUAAACACGAGGUGCUAUGGCGUACCCUCGAGAGGCUGCCUCACACGCGUCUAGGCCGGCUGAAGGAUUGCAACACCCACGAGGCGAUUACCGAACUUUGCGAUGAUUAUUCUCUUAUCGACAACGAGUAUUUCUUCGAUCGCCAUCCCAAGUCCUUUAGUUCCAUCUUAAAUUUCUACCGUACCGGCAAGCUGCAUCUCGUCGACGAGAUGUGCGUAUUGGCGUUCAGUGACGAUCUCGAGUAUUGGGGCGUCGACGAGCUCUAUCUCGAGAGUUGUUGCCAGCACAAGUACCACCAGAGGAAGGAGCACGUGCACGAGGAGAUGAGGAAAGAGGCAGAGUCGCUAAGGCAAAGGGAAGAGGAAGAAUUCGGUGAAGGACAGUGCGCGCAGUAUCAGAAGUGGCUGUGGGAUCUAUUGGAGAAACCGACCACGUCCAUCGCUGCAAGGUUUGUGCUGGAGCCAUAAUUUGAAGAAAGGUAUUAUUAAGUUGAUAGUAGAGCAUCGAUUCGAUGUAGCUCUCAUAUAGACGAAAGAGUAGUGAGAACGUUUGCGACGUAUGUGAUUUUGUACCCGAUAUCGCUGUAGAGAAUUACAACUAAAAUAGUAAAUCAACAGAUCGGAUUUGGAUUCUGGCUCUAGCUAUAAUGAUAUAAUGACUGACGAUGGUUGUUCCGUUUGACUUCUUGCAGAAACAGAGCCCCGAUUUUGAGUCACCGAUUUUUUGCAAUUCUUAGAUAUGUAGUUAGCUUAUUCCACGUCGUAUAGAGACAGAUACUCAAAAGUUUUUGACUUAUUUAUUUUUAAAGUUCUCGUAGUUGUCGUAGCAUUAUGAAAACGGUCAUAGUUCGUUCUAUGAUAGGCAAAAUAUAACUAAAUAUAAUUUUUUGUGGUUGGUGCUAAUAGUAAAU